AUGGCUCGUGUAAACCAACGCCCUUCCGAGACUCCCGCCCGUUCAUCGAACAUUCCUGCUGGUCCCCCUUCCGUCGCGCCCUCUCCUCCGAAUCUCUCGUCCGAUAAAGAAAACCAGGCGACUUCAGCUCCUCGCGAUAAAGGAAAAGGCCGCAUGCAGUCGUCCACAUCCGAUUCUCACUCUGCCAAGAGGAGGAGAACUCAACCUCGUCCUACUGCUUCCGCUGCCAACCAUGAGGAACCCAAUGAAUCACGCUUUUACGAUCCUACCCAAGACCAGCAUGAGCGCCAGGAAGUAAAAAAGAAAUCCCGUGCCCUGGAGCGCGAGUUCAAUGGUGCUUGUUCUUAUGUAUCCUACUCUUGCUGGCAAUCAGACUAA